GUAAUUAGAUAUUAAAAUUUAUUUAGUAAAAUUUUACAUAUUUUGAUUCAAUUUCCAUACACAACUUUUAAUUCGCUAAUACUCGUACGACGCACGCGCAGAACUCCCCAUCGCCCAAAAUCGCCCAGCGCCAUAUUGAGAGAGGCGGACGUUGUAUGACUUGAGUGAUUAAAUCGUGGUUAGUGCAAUAAAUUGAAGUGGAAUACUUGAUCGUGCCCUAUGGAUAUAUAUUUGGGAGUGGUGUGCCUCGGUUGAAAGGCCUGCCGAAAGGACAGGGCUCCGCGCGCGAGGACGGUCCGCGGCCCUUCGCUCUGAGGAACCAUGGACUGCUGUAUUUCGGAGGAAGCCAAAGAACAGAAAAGAAUCAACCAGGAGAUAGAGCGGCAACUCCGAAAGGACAAACGCGAUGCCAGAAGAGAACUCAAACUGCUCCUGCUGGGCACUGGCGAGUCGGGCAAGUCAACGUUCAUCAAGCAGAUGAGAAUUAUCCACGGCUCCGGCUAUAGCGACGACGACAAGCGCGGUUUCAUCAAGCUCGUCUACCAGAACAUCUUCAUGGCCAUGCAGAGCAUGAUACGCGCUAUGGACCUACUCAAAAUACAAUACGGAAAUCCGUCCAAUGCAGAAAAGGCGGAGUUGAUAUCAUCAAUCGACUUUGAGAGUGUGACGACCUUUGAGAGCCCUUACGUGGAAGCUAUAAAGGCCCUUUGGGCCGAUUCGGGGAUUCAAGAGUGCUACGACCGCAGGCGGGAGUACCAACUGACUGACUCGGCUAAAUACUACCUGCAGGAGAUUGACCGCGUGGCGGGUCCAAAUUACUUACCUACCGAACAAGACAUCCUUCGCGUGAGAGUACCCACUACGGGUAUCAUUGAGUACCCGUUUGACUUGGAAGAGAUUCGAUUUAGCUAUUUAAGCGAUCUGGAAAGGAUCGAGAAAGACGACUAUCUGCCGACCGAACAGGAUAUUCUUCGCGCUCGACAGCCGACAACCGGUAUACUUGAGUAUCCUUUCGAUCUUGACGGAAUCAUAUUUAGGAUGGUAGAUGUGGGUGGCCAGAGAUCCGAGAGAAGGAAGUGGAUUCAUUGUUUUGAGAACGUCACAUCUAUCAUAUUCUUAGUAGCUCUUAGUGAAUAUGAUCAAAUUUUAUUCGAAUCCGAAAAUGAGAAUCGAAUGGAAGAAUCGAAGGCGUUAUUCAAAACUAUCAUCACGUAUCCCUGGUUCCAGCACUCGUCAGUCAUCUUGUUCUUGAACAAAAAGGAUUUGCUUGAGGAGAAGAUCAUGUACUCACAUCUCGUCGACUAUUUCCCAGAAUACGACGGUCCUCAGCGCGACGCCAGCACUGCGCGUGAGUUUAUUCUACGAAUGUUUGUCGAUCUCAACCCGGACGCGGAGAAAAUCAUCUAUUCGCACUUCACCUGCGCGACAGACACUGAGAACAUCCGGUUCGUAUUCGCCGCCGUGAAGGACACCAUCCUGCAGUCCAACCUGAAGGAGUACAACCUAGUGUAGGCAGCGCCGCCCGCACUCCUCUGUGAUUGUGUAUAACACAUAAUUUAAACAUCAUCACUUCACAACAAAGUGUAAAUUUACGAACUGAGAUCGAAUGGACAAACCGAUACAUCUUUAAAUGAUUUAUGAGAAAAAUAAGGUUAGAUUGUAAGUCAUUUAACCCAAAACUAGCACGAGUCGGAAAUCAUUCGUUCUCGAUCCGAUUGGGUCACUUCACGACGCGUCAGGUUUUUUGACAUGUUUUUUUAUGAUGAAGUUAUUCACGACUUAUGUAUGUGUCUGUAUCGGUGAAUUAUUAAAUUGUGCAUUUUUAAAUGCCGCGUCGCGCCCCGGGCCCGCCGCGGCACCUGCUUUAUAGUCAUUGUUUUAGGAUUUUUGUAAAGUUUGUUGCCAUAAUAUCUUUCUACAUUUAGUAUACAUUUAUGUCCAGACGAAUGGAUUUGAACAAACUAGUCCUAUGAACUUACGCGUGUUUCACGUCAUCCUUGUGGGUCGAGACGGGACUUUCAGCUUUAUCGAUCGGGAUGCUUCCGUGUUACUAUUACGUAUUUAUUUAAAUUAUGAUGAUGUGCGGCGGUUGGUGCACCGCUCUGGAGUGAGGGUCGCGCUGGGAAGACGGCCGAGGGACAUCACGGGUACGGAACUUCUGUUUGGGGCCAAUAUUUAAUCUCUAUGGAUUUUUACCUUAUAGGAGUCACCCCGAGAAA